ACGGACCUGUGCCCAGAAUCCGCUGCUCGUUCAGCGCCGAAUCUGCGGCAGCUCGAUACCCCCAUGGGAAUCAUCAGCUUCAUUGCUAAACAUGAUGGCAGUCCUAUCGACAGGUCCUAGAGUAAUUCGGCGCAUUGUCGUCGCCCUGCUCGCCGUAAAAGGCUGAGCUCGGCGUUAUGGCGGCAGCGCGUCGUAAAGGUUAUAUUCCACUCCCCUUUUCCAAGAUCGUCGAUCGAUGAGGUUGGGGCAAACCAUGACUAUUCUUACAAAACUUUUUCCUCAAAUCGGAUCGCAUGGCGUAAGCACGACGGUGUUCUUCUUGCUGGGCGGGCUUGCUGGGUCGCCUGCGAGAUGGAGAUGAUUUUGGUUUGAUUCUUUGUCGGCCCUUUUCCGGAGCUGCCUGUUUUCAGCAGCUGCGAACAUGCCCUCCGUGUUUCCUGAUUGUGCCUGGCUCGAUCAUGAAAUUCGCCGGACUGAAGUGUUGGCCCGACUUGGCCUGACACCAUGAUCUGUAGCAUCGAGGACCCAACGGUGGUGAAGGGUACCAUUUGGCCGAGCGGCUCCGUGAUGCCGUAUGUAAUAGAUUGAAACUUGGCCGUUAAUGUCAUGAUCUGUUGGCUUAAUUGGGAAGCUGGUUGUUGACUCGGAAAGGGGAGACGUAAUUAUCAAUCUUGUGUGAAUUAUUCCCAAGUCUUGGUCGCUUGCACGAGAUGUGUUGUUCUCUUUUUUUUAGUUUGUUUGUGCGUCAAAGUCUAGCUUCCUAAGCCUCCCUUGGCCUUUCCCGGUGACAAAAUAACGGUACUACUACAUCACAUCCUUGACUAGAGCUUCCCCGCACUACCUCUGCAAAGCUACACACCAAAAACCAAAGCCACCGACGACAGGCCGAAUUAUGAAGGACCAGCACUAGCGGCCGUUGAGGCAGCUGUCAUAGCAUCAAAUAGAUGAUGCCCUCCGCAAGAGGCACGCCAUCGUUCGCAUGCAACCCAUCAGAAUUGGCGGAGAAGAGUCGGACCUUCCCGACAAGGUAGCAACUCCCGCAUCUUGACAAUUGACACCUCAGAGCACUCCACUUUAUUUGAGUGUGACAUUAUACUCCGCAUUAAGGAAUUACCUUGCGUACCAGGUACCUACCUUACCUACCUAGGUACCUUCCAUACCACCUUGCCUCCAUUCUCGGUAGAGGUAAUUUUGAGUCUUGCAUGUGCCGGGCAGGCCAGGCCAGGCCACGCGAGGAGAGCGAGCAGGGUACUGGGCCAGACGUGGAUAUAAAGAAGCCCCUUGAUCCAUCUACACCAUGGACAUCUCACGAGUCGAUCAUGGGACCUCCACCUCCAACAUCACCACCUCCGUCAAUCCCGUCAUGCACGCCAUCUCAUCCUUCGUUCUCCUGGGCACUUAUGCUGUCCAGGCUGUGCUUGGUCGUCCCAAUUCCCUUGCAAGACGUGCCAAUGUCGACUCCUUCAUUGAGGUCGAACGCCCAAUUGCCCUUCAAGGAGUCCUCCGCAACAUAGGCUCAGAUGGCGCCUUGGUUCGUGGUGCCGGUCCAGGUGUCGUCAUCGCAUCUCCGUCCACCGUGGACCCGGACUACUUUUACACCUGGACCCGAGACAGCGCCCUUGUGCUCAAGUGCUUGACGGAUAUUUUCGCCAACAAGUACGACGCCGGGCUCCAGUCGACCAUCACCCAGUACAUCACCACCCAGGCCCAGGUGCAACGCAUCGACAACCCCUCCGGACCCCUGAGUGACGGCUCGGGUCUGGGCGAGCCCAAGUACAAUGCCAACCUCUCUCCGUACCUCGGCUCUUGGGGAAGGCCGCAGAGGGAUGGGCCUGCGUUGAGGGCCACUGCCUUGGUUGCCUAUGCAAACUGGCUCAUCGGGAACAACUACACGAGCACUGCCCGUGACAUCGUGUGGCCUAUCCUGAGGAAUGACUUGAACUAUGUGGCUCAGUACUGGAACAGAACUGGGUUUGAUCUUUGGGAGGAGGUUCAAGGCAGCUCAUUCUUCACCACUGGCGCUCAGUAUAAAGCCUUGAUUGAGGGAGACGCUUUGGCCAAGAAGCUUGGAGCGACUUGCUCAUCCUGCGAGAGCAUCGCCCCUAAUAUCCUCUGCUUCCUGCAGAGCUUCUGGACUCCGAAUGGCAACUACAUCGUCUCCAACACCAACACGGGUACUAACCGCUCCGGCAAAGACGCCAACAGUAUUCUAUCAUCGAUUCACUCGUUCGACCCCGCUGCUGGCUGCGACGAGCUUACCUUCCAGCCCUGCAGUGCAAAGUCCCUUGCAAAUCACAAGGCCGUCGUCGACUCUUUCAGGUUCUACCCCAUCAACUCUGGGAUCCAAGUUGGCCGAGGAUUGGCCGUUGGACGCUACUCGGAAGAUGUCUACUACGGUGGCAACCCAUGGCACCUGACAACGCUCGCGGCCGCAGAGCAGAUCUACGAUGCCGUCUAUGUGUGGAAAAAGCAAGGCCGUCUUGAAGUUACCAGCGCAUCACUCCCGUUUUUCCGUGAUCUUUCGUCAUCUAUUGCCGUCGGAAGCUACGCGUCCGAUUCGACAACCUUUACCCAGAUCAUCGAUGCAGCUCUGGUGUACGCAGAUGGCUUCAUCGAGGUCGUGCAGCGCUAUGCUGGCGCCAAUGGGUCUCUGGAUGAGCAGAUCGACAAGAACAAUGGUAGCCAGCGCUCGGCACGCGACCUGACUUGGUCGUAUGCAGCUUUCCUUACCGCCACUGAUCGCCGCGCCGGAGUUGUUCCGCCAUCGUGGUUUGUGCCGGCCAGCCUUCCCGGCUCGUGCUCUACAGGCUCACAGCAGGGAGUCUACUCGGCCGUGACGCCAGCCUCGUUCCCAGCAUCUCAGACGCCCAUCACCGGCGCGCCGCCCGUCCCCCCUACUACUACGGCGCCUCCAGGCGGUUGCACGACGGCGCCCGUAGUAGCUGUUACUUUCAACGUGCUGGUGACGACAACGCCCGGUGAUACUAUCAAGAUCGUGGGCGACAUUGAGGACUUGGGCAAGUGGAACCCGCAGAACGGCAUCGCCCUGGACGCGAACGACUACACUGCCAGCAGGCCGCUGUGGAAGAAGGCCAUCACUCUCAAGGCGGGCCAGGUUGUGCAGUACAAGUUCAUCAACGUGGCCAGCGGUGGUGCAGUCCGAUGGGAGGCUGAUCCGAACCGGGUGUACACGGUACCCAGCUCGUGUGCCACUGCUGUUGCUGUAGAUGGACAGUGGCAGACGUAGAGAUGGAGAUGGAGGGCGUAUAUUGGACCGCUAACGAGUCACUCGUAUCCUUAGUGGCAUGCUUACUCGCAGGUCUUUUGGGUAUGGGGAAACUUUGGUUGCGGUUUCAUUAUGAUGAGGUCGAGGUUCUUUGUACACAUGAGGCUGUCAGUAGCCCUAAAGGCAGAACCAGGGUGAGGCAGCAAGAAAAGUCAAGAAUCACGUGGUGUCAAGUUAGCUUCAUACAAGGUACACGCUCCCUGUAUUCUCAGUAUACACCCAUUCAAUACAGAUCCCUAGCUUCUCUCUCAGCCAA